AGCUUCAUACAUCUGAGUAAGAGAAAGUUCCUCUGUUUAGGGACAUUUACAGUUGAUAAAAUAUACAUAUAUUCGUUUAAUAUGGCAGAUAAGUACCACCCAUCAAUACCAACAUACAGGUCUAUCUUUCAACAAAUCAGGGAGGUCAUGUGAACUAAUUAAUAUUCAUGAGCCAAGCAGUCACGGUAUUAACACACACACACACACACACACACACACACACUAACCAUUCAAGGAAAACGACUAUUUUAAAUUUAGGCUACAUCUUCAAAAUGCUUUCAAAAAAUAAAAUGAAGCUUGAAACUCGGGAACAACACUUUCACAGGGAAAGAUCAUUACGGAAGUUUUUUACGGGACUGUGUCUGCUGGUAAUCGUGUGUUUUCUGGUUUUAUGGUCUUUUACAAGUAAUGAAUGGAAGAAACACCCUCCACCCAGCUUUUUGUCUGUGCACUUUGCAGGACUCUAUUCAAACUCCACUUCUCCUUCAGUACUCAGUUCAGAAGAGUCAAGCUCAUUUUACUCUGAUUUAGGAAUCAAUUUUGACGACUACUCCAGGUUACAGCAGGCUGUUUACUGGGCUGGGCCUGACAGAGAAAUCACAAAUAUGUCCAUGACUACUAGUCCAGGCCACACCAAAUUUAUCAUUCAGGACCUGAAAGAGAGCUAUCAAAUUGGUGAGGAGCUUUAUGUUAUGGUGCACGCAAAGGAUUUUGACAACAAAUCCAAGUGUUAUGGAGGGGACUUUUUUCAAGCCAAGCUAUUCUGGUCUAAAACAAAGGCCAGUGUUUUUGGGGAGGUGGUGGACCUGCUCAAUGGCUCCUACUCUGUACGUUUCCUCCUGCCAUGGGUCGGCGAGGCACAGGUGGCUGUGCGUCUAAUUCACUCCAGUGAAGCUGUGCAGGUCCUGAAGCAUCACAGAGAUACUGACUCUGACAGAGUCUUCUUUAAUGGAUAUUAUGAGGGACCAGGACCAAAUAAGACCAGGUUGAGUGAAACUGUGAAAUGUAAUGUAAAGUGGGACAAGAAUGGACUAGAGCACAUGGGAACAGGAGACUGCUGCUGUGAAUACAACGAUCCCGGCACCGGAGAAUCUUGGCGCUGUCAGAGACCCAAAUCGCUGCCAUGCAGUGCCCUUGUGUACCACUCUAUGGGUGGUUAUAGAAACCAUCUGACUAAAACGGAGAAGAUGUUUAUGAAGCAAACUAACAAAUAUAUCAAUGGAGAUAAAAGGAUCAUCAAAAUUUUGAAUUCCGAUGGAAAUGAAACUAUUGGUAUGUUGGUCAAUAGUUUAACCCAGCAAACUAAUGUGGUACAAGGAUGCAUAAGAUGCUACACAGAACUUACAUUUACUCGUCCUGCAGAUGUUACAGAGAAAUGUCAUCCUGGUUUGCACACUCCAGUUCCAGCUGGCUUUUACCUGAAUGAUGUGUGGACGUCAUUUGUCUGUAGCACCCGCCAUUUUACAGCCCAAACGACAACAGAGUGCCUGAAAGACAAAGACAUCUACAUGAUGGGAGACUCUACAAUGAGACAGUGGUUUGAGUUCUUUGCGAAAGCAGUACCAACUCUGAAGCAGAUGAACCUGCAUGUCCAAUAUCAGUCAGGGCCGCUUAUAGCAGUGGAUGUGGAGAACAACAUCGACUUACACUGGAGGGCUCAUGGAGUUCCUCUGCGCACUCGGAAAACAGCAGUUGCUAGUCUGCACUACGUCAGUAAUGAGAUCGAUGACCUGGCUGGAGGACCCCACACAGUCAUUAUAUUCAAUCUAGGGCCCCAUUUCACCACGUACCCUCUGGAUUUCUUCACCCAUAGAGUGCUGAGGAUCCGCAAAGCUGUUCUAGCUUUGUUACAGCGGGCACCUGAUACAACUGUUAUAAUCAAGACUGUCAACACUGGCUAUAAGGAUAUUUUUGGCAGUGACUGGUAUUCUCUACAGUUGGACAGAGUUCUGCGCUGGGCUUUUCAGGACGUUGGAGUUUAUAUUCUAGAUGUGUGGCAAAUGACUGCAUGUCACUACAACAAAGAGAACAUUCAUCCUGGCCCUGUCAUCAUUAAAAAUGAGAUUGACAUUUUACUCUCUUUUAUUUGUUCUAAAUGAACUUAAAUUAAAUUAUCUUGACAAUUUCGUGUUCUGUUAUUACAAGAGAAAAAUUCAGGUUAUGUCUAAAACUGAGAAAUACUGUUUGACUUCACUGUGCUGUAAUUAAAUUGUCCAA